UAAGUAUUCAACAACCGAAGUUGCGGAGGAUUCGCGCGUUUUAUUCUCCCUCUCGUCUCCCUUAUUCCUUUUCCACUACUAUUCUGAUUCUGAAUCUGAAUAUAUAUAUAUAUAUAUAUAGAUUUAUUUACACAUGCAUUAAUUUUGUAUCCCUUAUUCAAACACUCCUCUCUACUGCGUGUGUGUGUCUCUCUCUCUCUCUUUCUCUAGAUUGAUCGCAACACAAGCUUCGCAAUGGCGGCGGCGCUUUCGAUGCCCUCCUCUUCCUCCUCCUCCUCCCUCUCCCACCGCCGCGGUCGCCGUGUUUCAUCGAUCUUGUAUUCGUCCUCGUCUUUUAUGGGCAAAAGAAUCGCCCUGCGAAGUAGCACUCCAAUGCCGAAAUUGAGAACUGCUCCAACAAGUACUGCUGCUGCUGCUACUGCCACUGCCACUACUAUAUGCAACUCCGUUCUCAUCGACGUCGCCAAAGAUGUCAUGAUUCAGCCCGUCGAGGCGCCGACGAUGGUGAAACCCACAGCCGAUCCCAGGUCGGUGGCGUCGAUCAUAUUGGGAGGCGGCGCGGGCACUCGCCUUUUCCCCCUUACGCAGAAGAGAGCGAAACCCGCGGUGCCGAUCGGCGGGUGCUAUCGGCUCAUCGACAUUCCCAUGAGCAACUGCAUCAACAGCGGGAUAAACAGGAUCUACGUCCUGACGCAGUUCAAUUCGCACUCCCUCAAUCGCCAUAUCGCUAAAACCUACAAUUUCACCAACAGCAUCGUCGAGGUACUAGCAGCAACUCAAACUCCGGGAGAGUUCGGUGAUAGGUGGUUUCAGGGAACGGCAGACGCCGUCAGACGAUUCGCGUGGCUCUUCGAGGAUGCCAAACUAAGACAAGUAGAGAACAUAGUGAUCUUAUCUGGUGAUCAUCUGUACAGGAUGGACUACAUGGACUUUGUGCAGAAGCAUAUCGACACGGGCGCUGAUAUUACCGUCUCUUGCGUCCCCACGGAUGACAGUCGUGCUUGCGACUUUGGAUUAGUGAAGAUCGACGAAACGGGACGGAUUGAGCAAUUUCUUGAGAAACCCAAGGGCGAAAGCCUAAAAACAAUGCAAGUGGACACAACUGUUCUAGGAUUGUCUCCUCAAGAUGCAAACAAGUACAAAUAUAUCGCCUCGAUGGGGAUAUAUGUGUUCAGGACUAGUUCCUUGCUGAGGCUUCUGAGGUUACACUAUCCCACUGCCAAUGAUUUCGGAUCAGAGGUCAUUCCAAAAGCUGUCAAAGACUACAAUGUGCAGGCAUAUCUAUUUGAUGGCUACUGGGAGGACAUUGGAACGAUAAAGUCGUUCUUCGAUGCAAAUCUUGCUCUCACUGAUCAGUGUUCCAAGUUUCACUUUUAUGAUCCCCUGAAUCCAAUCAUCACAUCUCCUCGAUAUUUACCACCGACGAAGAUAGACAAGUGCAAGGUAGUGGAUUCCAUAGUUUCACACGGAUGCUUCCUAACGGAAUGCAGCAUUGAGCACUCUGUCGUCGGUCUCCGCUCGAGAUUAGAACCCGGGGUGCAGCUUAAGGACACCGUGAUGAUGGGCGCGGAUUAUUACCAAACUGAGCAAGAAAGAAGUUGCUGCCUUGCAGCGGGAAAUGUGCCGCUUGGUAUCGGAGAAAACACCAAGAUUAGGAACUGCAUAAUUGACAAGAAUGCGGGUAUCGGAAAGAACGUGAUCAUCGCUAACUUAGACAAUGUGGAAGAAGCAGACAGACCAUCAGAAGGGUUCUACAUUCGCUCGGGAAUCACAGUGAUACCAAAGAAUGCUGUAAUUUCUGACGGAACCAUCAUCUAAAAGUUUAACCCUGUGAUUUGAAGCAAGUACAUUGAUAGGAAUAGAAUUUCUAGACCUUUUUUUAAACAAAAAAUUCUUUCAUUAUUUUCACAAUUCUGCGAGUGAUCGAUUGAAGACUCUCCAACGCCAUCAAGUCUCAAGGCUGACUCUAGUGAGAAGCAAACCAUUAUCUCCAGGCUGCAGCAGAGAUGUUAUUUUUAACCCCUUUUUUCCCCUCAAACAAAUUUCCUUGUUAGUAUACAUUUAUGUAUUAACUUUUGUUUCAACUGAAACAAUUGCAACAUUUGCAUAGGAUAUUGAAGAACAAAUGAUAAACAUUAACAUAUAAAAUCUAUGCCUUAACACUUCAAGCUUCUACAUUUGAAAGUAAUUCUGAGAUUUUCUUUUUUACUCUGUAUUUAUAGUGUGCAUGCACCAAAAAUUCAAAACUACUUUCCAUAACUACUCCGAACUUUACUUUCCAAAGGAUGUCUUUUUAGAAUUAAUGCAAGGGGUGGAUGUGACCGAAGCACGAGCUCGGCAUUAUUGAGAUUCCACUCCUUAUAUAAGCUUCUGGAUCCUACUACA